AUGUGUGGGCUGCGUAUUUAUUUUUUGUGCCUCGUCGUCGCAUCCUGCAUCCUUUUCGGAGUGUCCCACGCCACCAGCGACUCCAUUUGUGUUCUGAGCGAUGCGCCUCAACAAUGUGGCGCCUUCUGCCUGGCAGCAUUGCAUCCACUGUACGAUCAGUACUCCAAGUCCAGGCAACAGGAGCACAGCCAAGAGGCAAUGGUGAAGAUGAUAGAGGAUUUUCGGACUGAGCAGAAAAAGAUCGUUAAUAGCGAAGAGGCAAUAUUGAAGAUCAUAGCGGAUUCUCGGGCUGAGCAGAAGGAGCUCGUUAAUAGCCAAGAAGCAAUAGUGAAGAUGAUAGAGGACUUUCGGACUGAGCAGAAGAAGAUCGUUAAUAGCCAAGAAGCAGUAGUGAAGAUGAUAGAGGAUUUUCGGACUGAGCAGAAGGAGCUCGUAAAUAGCCAAGAGGCAAUGGUGAAGAUGAUAGCGGAUUCUCGGACCGAGCAGAAGGAGCUUUUGACCGACUACUAUCUGGAUGUUCGGGAGCUGUUGAAUGAACUUGCGGCGAAUCUAACUUCCACUGCAAGAAGAGAUGAGUCCACCUUGCAGAACAUGCCAGUUACAGUGCCGCCUGGGUUCCAGAAGAUUGGAUCCAAGUACUUUUUAAUAGAAGAUAAUGUUAGUAAAACCUGGACUGAUGCCGAAGAAACCUGUCGCGAAAAGGGCAGUCACCUACCAACCUUCCGAAACGAAGACGAGUUUGAAGCCGUCGCAAGACGCUUCCAUGAUGGAGAGGUAUUCUGGCUGGGUUACCGUCGUAGUAAGGGCAAAUUCGUGACGGCCGCCGGAAAGGAAGAAUCGUUUAUGAUGCGGCGUUCAAAAGAACUCAACAAAAAAGGUUAUAUUGAGAACUGCGUUGUCAUGUACAACUUAAGUAUUUAUGAUACGAAUUGCAAGUUUGCCUAUCCCUUCAUUUGCCAGUUGGACACGGUUCAAGAAAGAUAA